UUCUCUAAGGUUGUCAAUCAAGUGCUGUUUAAUUUUCAGAGCUUUGCUGCUUUGGAUGGAGAACCUAACGAUGGGUGCUCCCCUCAAACAGCCGAUUGUGUUUGAACUAGUGGGUUUUGAUGUUCCACCAGGACAAGGUCCAUUCUUGUUCUUCUUGGCCCUGUGUGCCUACACGGUGGUGCUACUGGGGAACGGUGUGGUGAUCUGUGUUAUUGUGAUGGACAGGAACCUGCACAGACCCAUGUUUGUAAUGAUCUGUCACCUGGUGGUCUGUGAUCUGCUGGGGGCCACAGCGGUGCUUCCUCACCUCAUGAUGCACUUCUUAACGGGGCAGAAGAACAUCUUCUACCUCUCUGCCAUCGCUCAGGGCUUCUGUGUGCACACAUAUGGUGCAGCGAUGCAGACUAUUCUGGGAGUGAUGGCCUAUGACAGGUACAUCGCGGUGUGUGAACCUCUCAGGUAUCACUCCAUCAUGACUUCAGCUCGGCUGCACAGCUGCUGCGCUCUGGCCUGGAUAGUGGCCCUGCUGCUCAUCGCUGGGCUCUUCUCCUUCCACAUAAACCUACCUUACUGCAGCCGAAUUAUCCAGCAUGUCUACUGCAGCAACAAGAUCAUGAUGAACCUGGCCUGUGCUCCCACUCCUGUCAGCAACAUCUACGGUUUAGUCAUCACCUGGACUGUGAGCACAAGCAUGUUCAUCUUCAUCGCUUUAUCCUACAUCAGAAUCUUGCAAGCUGCUUUUAAACAGGGCAGAACAGACAGCAGUGUCCGUUCAAAGGCCUUACAGACCUGUGCAACACACUUCAUCGUGUACGUGGUUUAUGAGGUAACUACACUAAUUAUUGUUGUUAGUUACAGAUUUCCAUCCACCUCCCAAAACAUGAAAAAGUUCCUCGGCAUGCUGUUCAUCAUCGCCCCCCCAGCUAUCAACCCCAUCAUCUAUGGGCUGGUCAGUAAAGAGUUACGGACCAGCAUCUUUCAGCAGUUUUCUACCAGAACCUGCCGCAAGAACUGACAGAUUCACUCCAGGUGUACUUCUCAAAUCAUGAUAUCCAUAAAUGUUGGGGAACAGAAGCAGGAUCUACAAUCUGUGGAACGUGAGAACUUUUGACCACAGAACCCAGACACAAACCAGACUUCAAUGGCAGCAUAGGAGGCAUCAUUUGAAGAGAAACUGUCAAGUCUUUCUUUGUAACUGCGUAGAUGUAUGGUUCACAGUAGGACCGAUCGUUGUCAGGCAUACACAUUGAUCCUUACAGGUGGAUGGCUGCAUGUUUAGGCAGAAAAUGCAUGGCUUUUUCACUUAUAUGAAAGCAUCAAAUAUUCUGAAUCGAUGCAUCUUAUUUACUGGUUCCAGUUAAUGUGCAAACAUUUCCUGUAAUGAAAUGGUUGUAAGAUGAGAUUUAAAGUCAUCAAAACUUAUUUUUUUACAAGGUGUUAUAAAAACAUUUUCAGACAAGGCAUAAUGUAAAGCGGAAUUUGGAAACCUGAUUCACAUUACUGGAAUUUUUAUAUUUCUUUCUUAAACUUUCUUAAACUCUUAAAAUACCAAAAAAGAAUCUUAAAAUCAAAGGUGUCGGCCUCGUUCAGGUACUUUCUGUUGAUGAUAAUGCUGCUUUCCUGUUUGACCACUAAAUUUGCUUUGAGCAGGAUGUGGAGCUGAAGAAGACCUGAAGCUGAAACAACUCAUUACGAUUUUAAAAAUGGACACUUCUACGCCUAAUGUGAGACUUUUAGAACCCAAUACGAGUCUUCGCAGUCCCUGACUGGUGUCUGUCUACAACAAUUUUCACCACAGUAACACGUGGUGACAAUACGAUUCUCUUACAGUCUAAAGAGUCCAACUUUUCUCAUCACCUUAAAAACUUUAGAUUUUGUCUUUUAUUCACUUUGUUUUCUUUGGAUGAGCCUGUAAAUCUACUGUAUCUCUGACAUGACUUCUCCCUCUGAUUUAAAACAAAAAUAGUUUACUUAAAGGAAAUCUUGUACAUUUUAUCUGCAAUAAAAUGGAAGCAUUUUUUGGGCUUUUGGA